AUGCAUGGCAAUGGCUGCAUUGUUGGUUUCUUUGGGCGCUCUGGACGAUAUCUCAAUGCAAUAGGUGUCUACGCAAAUCCUGAGUUUAAAUUAAUUAGGAAAGAAGAGGUUGAGGUUGCCAGGAUUGGACCUUGGGGCGGAGAUGGAAAUGUUCUUCAUGACAUCACAGAAAAACCAAAUCACCUGCAAAGAGUGACAAUUUUCAGUGGGACUAUCAUAAAUUCAAUUGAGUAUUUGUACAGUGACGACAAUGGGCAGCAGCACACUGCUGGUCCAUGGGGCGGCUGUGGAGGAAAUGGCCGAAAGAUUCAUCUUGACCCUGAAGAGUUCAUAGUGAAGGUUUCUGGAACAUUUCAUCCAUGUGCAUGGGACAAAUCCAUACCGAAUGUUGUAUCGUCUCUUACACUUGUCACCAACACAGGCAAAACACAUGGGCCUUUCGGAAAGCAGAUCGGAGCUGAUUUCCACGUUCCAAUGGGGAGCAACAGCAGGAUCGUUGGCUUCUUUGCCCACGGAGGCAAUUACAUCGAGGCAAUUGGUGCCUACGUUCGCACUCUGCACGCUCUGUUCUCCGAGGAAGGGGAAGGAAGAGUAAGGGGGGAGGCUGACAGGCUGCGUGCUAGUGGAAAGCCAAAUCUGGGUGUGGGCGCCGUGGGGGAGGGCAAUCUAGGGUCGGGCACCAUCGGGGAGGGCCGCCAUGGAGGGAUGGGGGACGUUGGGGAAGAUAUCGUCCGUCCCCAUGAAAAGGCUAGCGGGGACAACGACCCAUAG